GGGAGCAAUUGAAAAUUAGUUGAAUUAAGCGCGAGAUGAUGGCGAGUUGGGUUUUGUGGCUCUGUCUUUUGUGGGUGUUAAUGGUUCCCAUUUUGGCCAAACCACCAGAUGCAGAAAAUCCUUUUGCCGACGACCUGACCUCGGAGUAUGCCAAGAAAAUCAUAGUGCAAGCCAAAGUAGCAGAUAUUAAGAUUAUGAUGACGGAGGUAGCGCCGUGUGAUGACUUCUACACCCAUGCCUGUGGCAACUGGCAUCGUCAUAAUCCCGCCCAGCUGCUAGGCAACCUGAUGACCGACACGUUUCAACUUAUAUCGAAGGGAUUCGACCGACGCCUCCAGCGUUUGCUGCGUUCCAACGACCUUCAAUCUGAACUGGAGAAGAAAAUGCAGCGUUUCUUUUUGUCCUGCAACCUGGUUCAUCGCGAUGAUGUCCACUACAAGCGCUUGGAGAACGUCAUCCGGGAGUACGGCGAACUUCCAGCCUUGGUUGCCCAAUGGAACUCCUCGGACUUCAGUUGGUGGAGAACGGUUGCCGAAAUCCAGCAUAAAUACGGAAAGCAGAUCAUCUUGGGCCUGAACGUUUUGCAGGAUGUUCGAAAUACAUCAAUAAACCGGGUAUACUUAGGUCCACCAGAAGACAAGCCGAAUAGCGUUGUCCUUUUAAAUCUUCUCGAGGAAGCCAGCACCUCCAAGGAUCUGCAGCAUUACUUUGGACUAAGUCCCUCCGUAGCGAAACACACGGCUGAGCAGCUCCUUGAACUCGAGAGAGUCCUCAACUCCGGUGGCUCGAGCGGAGGAUCUCUUGAAGAUUCACUUUCCCUGUAUUCUUUGGCCGAUCUUGAAGAGAAGUACAGUGACCAUCUUAACUUCACCGAGUUUCUAAGUUUGGUCCUCGGUAAGGAGAAUAUUCCGGAGCUCCUGUACAUUAACGAUGAGAAAUAUCUGGAUAGUGCUCUCCGCACAAUGCGCAGCACACCGCUAGCAACACAAUCCAACUAUAUAAUGUGGAAACUGGUUGAGGACUCUGUGGAGGCUAAGCCCGGCGAAAUGGCCAAGUGGUGCACCGAAAAAACCAAGAGUUACUUUGGCAAGCUGGCCGAGCACGCGGUCUACCAGAGGUAUCGCAUUAACACAGAGGCGGAGGUUCAUAAAAUCUGGGGACAGAUUAAGGGGAUUUUUCGGCAGCAUCUGAUGGGUGACAAACUGGACUGGAUAUCGAAUGCCACAAGGCAGUUGGCCGUUGAGAAGCUUGAACAAAUGCAACUGAAUAAUUCCUACGACUCGGAGAAUUUCGAAGACCUCUUCGGUGAGGUGUCUAUCGAUCGACUUAACUACGUAACGAAUGUCCAGCAGCUGGACAUUGAAAGGGCCAAGAGAUUGGUGGCAAGGAUUAAUGAGCCCCCUCGCUCCCUGGAUGCAACUGAUGUUCUUGGCUUCACUCCAGCGUACAGUAUGCUGGAGAAUAAUAUCACAAUUCCUGUGGCCCUGUUGCAGCCGUACCUCUGGGGUGACCAAUAUCCGGCGCUGAAGUACGCCACUCUGGGCUAUCUCCUCGCCCACGAGAUGCUCCACGGCUUUGACGAUGAUGGAAUGAAGUAUGAUGCCACUGGUACUGCUCCAUGGUGGGACUCCAAAUCGCGCUAUGAGUUCGAGGAGCGGCGCAAGUGUUUCCAGGCCCAGUACCACCAGUACAAGUAUGGAGGAUCAGAGCUGCCGGAGACCAAGGUGCAGUCGGAGAAUAUAGCCGACAAUGGAGGUCUCAAGUUGGCCUAUGCCGCCUAUAAGAUCUGGCUGGGUCAGCAAACGGAGGAAGUGCGUCAACGAGAGACCAUGGAGGGUCUGCCCUUCGACAAUCGCCAGCUUUUCUUCCUUGGAUUCGCCCAGUUGUGGUGCGACGAUGUCCAGUCACUAUUCAAGUCGAGGGUGGCCCAGUCCGACCAUGCACCCAGCAAGUACCGGGUGAUCGGACCACUGUCCAAUUUCCAGGAGUUCUCCUGGGUCUUUAACUGCUCCCAGUCGGCGACCAUGGAUCCGGAAUACAAGUGUGCCAUCUACUGAACGCAGGAAUUUAUUCAUUGUUAGUUUGUUUUGAAUGAGUUUAAUCCCAAUAAUAAAAUUUAUUAG